AUGUGGGACAAAACCAAAGUUUUCGGCAAGAAGACCUUCGACAAAGGCUGGGACGCCCUGGACAAGCUCGGCGGGCCCGUCAACCGUCUCUCCAACAAGCUGGGCGCGGAGGCGUUCUGGCCCAUGUCUAUCGACAAGGAAUGCGACAAGGCCGCCCGGAUUUUGCGCAGCUUCUGCAAGGAGGGGGUCUACAUUGACGAGAAGGCCGAGAGCGCCCCGCCCGUCAGUGGGCCUGAGGCUUCCAAUAAGGAGAAGGAGAAGAUCGACAAGCCGCGGGGCAAGCAGAAGGUGUUGAAGAAGAUCCCCUCGGAGGUCAUUCGGGAGGCGAAGGGACUGGCCGUCUUCACUGCUAUGCGGUGGGGCUGGGGCUUCAGCGGCGCGGGGGGCAGUGGCAUCCUCAUCGCCCGCGAUCCCCAAACGGGUCAGUGGACCGAGCCCUCGGGGAUUCUCUUGCACACUGCUGGUGUGGGCUUCCUGGCUGGCGCGGAUAUCUACGACUGCGUGAUGGUGAUCAACACCUACGAGGCCCUGGAGGCCUUUACCAAGCUGCGCGUCACGCUGGGCAGUGAGGUCAGCGUGGCUGCGGGGCCGAUUGGCAUGGGCGGCGUCGUCGAGAGCGAGGUGCACAAGCGACGCGCGCCGAUCUGGACCUACAUGAAGUCCAAGGGACUGUACGGGGGCAUCCAGAUCGAUGGCUCGAUCAUCGUGGAGCGAUCGGAUGAGAACGAGAAAUUCUACGGUCGCAGAGUGCCGGUGAAGGACAUCCUGGCUGGUCAGGUCCGGUCGAACAACCCCUCGGUGAAGGGACUGGUGCACACGAUUCAGUCCGCGGCCGGCCAGGCCAACUUCGACCAGGCCCCGGCUGGGGUGCAGAUUCCGACCGGCCCCAGCCCCAGUGAUAUCCCACCGGAGCAACUGGCUCAGAGCGAUAUGUUCCACGCCCAGGCGCCCGGCGCGCCUCCACCCGAGGCCGUGCAGCACAACCCCGAGCAGUAUCAAGUACCCCCCAACAGCAACCUCCCUUAC